AUGGGGUCACGGCCAGAGAUGCGUGAGGAGGACGAGUCGGGGUUCUGCAAGUUCUUUCGCAACUUGCCUGAGAAGGAUACCGAUACAAUACGCAUAUUCGACCGUGGCGACUACUACAGUGCCCAUGGAGGGGAUGCCGUCUUCAUCGCGAAUACGGUAUACAAAACUACCGCUGUUAUACGCCGUUUAGGCAGAGAGCCCGGUCUCGAGUCAGUGACAAUGACCGUGACCGUCUUUCGUAGCUUUCUACGCGACGCCCUCUUCCGCCUCAGCAAACGAAUCGAGAUCUGGCAGUCGUCAGCAAAGCGCAUGGAUUGGAUCAUGGUCAAGCAGGCGUCACCAGGCAACCUGCAGGACCUAGAGGAUGAUUUGGGCGGUCAGAUCGAGAAUGCGCCCAUCAUAUUGGCAGUCAAGGUGUCAACCAAGACUUCCGAGGCGAGGAACGUGGGCAUCUGUUUCGCGGAUGCCAGUGUACGAGAGUUGGGUGUUACAGAAUUCCUCGACAACGACCUAUACUCCAAUUUCGAAUCUCUCCUGAUUCAGCUCGGAGUCAAGGAAUGUCUUAUACAAAUUGAUACCAGCAAAAAGGACGUGGAGCUUUCGAAGCUGCGAACGAUUGCUGACAACUGUGGAUGUGCUGUUGCAGAGCGUUCACCGGCAGACUUUGGUACCAAAGACAUCGAGCAAGAUCUACCACGGCUGUUGAAAGAUGAGCGAGCAGUCACAACGUUGCCAUCGACCGACUUGAAGUUAGCAAUGGGGGCAGCGGCUUGCCUGAUCAAGUAUUUGGGUGUCAUGUCCGACUCCUCUAACUUCGGCCAGUAUCAACUAUAUCAGCACGAUUUGACACAGUAUAUGAAAUUGGACGCUGCAGCAUUAAAGGCAUUGAACCUGAUGCCAGGACCCCGUGAUGGCGCCAAGAAUAUGAGCUUGUAUGGACUCCUGAACCACUGCAAGACACCCACUGGUAGCAGGCUCCUCUCCCAGUGGCUUAAGCAACCCCUGAUGAAUGUAAAAGAUAUCGAGAGACGGCAGCAAUUAGUAGAGGCAUUCGUUGAAGACACGGAGCUGCGGCAGACCAUGCAAGAGGAGCACCUGCGGUCAAUACCUGACCUAUACAGGCUAGCCAAGAAGUUUCAGCGCAAGGCGGCAAACUUGGAAGACGUUGUACGCGCAUAUCAGGUCGUCAUCCGAUUACCAGGCUUCCUCAGUUCUCUCGAAGCCGUCAUGGACGAGAAAUACAAAGAGCCUCUUGAUGCCGAAUACAUUGACAAGCUGCGUCAGUACGCCAACGCAUUCGCUGGCCUUCAAAAUAUGGUGGAGACGACCGUUGACCUCGAGGCGCUCGACAAUCACGAAUUCAUCAUCAAACCCGAGUAUGAUGAAGCGUUGAAGACAAUACGGAAACGUCUCGACCGGUUGAAGCGCGAUAUGGAGUCUGAACACAUGAACGUGGGCAAUGAUCUUGAUCAAGACACCGAGAAGAAGCUGUUCCUUGAAAAUCACAAGCAGCAUGGUUGGUGCUUCAGACUCACGCGGAAUGAAGCUGGUUGCAUUCGACAGAAGAAACAGUACAAGGAAAUCUCCACGCAAAAGAACGGAGUGUACUUCACGACAUCGAGACUCCAAGAAAAAAGGAGAGAGUUCGAUCAAUUGUCCGACACCUACAAUCGCACGCAAACUGGCCUGGUCAAUGAGGUUGUUUCAGUCGCAUCAUCCUACGUUCCCGUUCUCGAGAAGCUGGCCGCUGUUCUAGCACAUCUCGACGUGAUUGUUUCCUUUGCACAUGUAUCCGUGCAUGCGCCAACAUCGUACACUAGGCCUAGGAUGCAUCCACGGGGUACCGGUAACACGAUUCUGAAGGAGGCUCGCCAUCCAUGCUUGGAGAUGCAAGACGAUGUGUCCUUCAUCACCAACGAUGUUGCUCUGGUGCGCGAUGAAAGUGAGUUCCUGAUUAUUACGGGGCCGAACAUGGGUGGUAAAUCGACAUACAUCCGGCAAAUUGGCGUCAUCGCCCUCAUGGCCCAGAUAGGGUGCUUUGUACCCUGUUCGGAAGCCGAGCUCACCAUCUUCGACUGCAUACUUGCGCGAGUUGGAGCUAGCGACAGUCAGAUCAAGGGUGUCUCAACCUUCAUGGCCGAAAUGCUGGAGACGGCCAAUAUCCUCAAAUCUGCAACUCGGGAAUCACUCAUCAUCAUCGACGAACUAGGUCGCGGCACAAGCACGUACGACGGUUUCGGCCUGGCAUGGGCAAUCUCCGAAUAUAUCGUCAAAGAAAUUGGUGCCUUUGCGCUCUUCGCAACGCAUUUCCACGAGCUCACUGCACUAGUCGAUUCGUAUCCACAGGUGCAGAAUCUACAUGUCGUAGCACACAUCUCCGAAGGCACAGUGGAAGAGGGAUCCGAGAUCCACAAGAAACGUGAAGUCACGCUUCUCUACAAAGUCGAGCCCGGUUUCUCGGAUCAAUCCUUUGGCAUUCACGUCGCGGAGCUUGUCCGUUUCCCACAGAAGGUGAUCAACAUGGCGAAGCGGAAGGCAGAUGAAUUGGAAGAUUUCGCAGGCAAGCAUGAAGAGGGUUUUGAGCAGGCGAGCAGAGACGAAGUGGAGAAUGGGAGUCGAAUGCUUAAGGAGGUACUGGUAGCGUGGAAGCAGGAGGUGGAGGACAAAGGGUUGACGAAGAAACAGCAGGUUGAGAAGAUGAGGGAGCUGGUCAAGCUUAAUCCGGAUUUGAUGCAGAAUAAGUUCUUCAAAGGCGUACAGGCCUUGUAG